UUCUCUCAUUCAUAUUAUUGAUAGAGAGAGAUCUAGAGAAAUAGAGAGGAGAAACAUCGAGUGUAUGUGAGUGAAAAGAGGUGAGAAAGAGAUAAUAAUGGAGUUGCACAAACGGAAGUUCUUCUCUUUACUACCUGUUAUCGCUUCCAUUCUCUUCUUCUUCCUUAAAAUCUCUAUCAAGACUUCUCAAACUAAAUGUAGCCUUCUGCCUCACAACCAUUAUUGGAUUUCCAGCAAACGGAUUGUAACACCGGACGGAGUCAUUUCUGGCGCAGUUGAGAUAAAAGAUGGCAAAGUCUUUAGCAUUGUUAAAGAAGAAGAUUGGCAUGGAUAUAUCAGGCAGGGUCAAAUAGUUGACUUUGGGGAGGCCGUUGUCAUGCCAGGCCUUAUCGAUGUGCAUGCACAUUUGGAUGAUCCUGGAAGAGAUGAGUGGGAAGGAUUUCCUUCUGGUACUAGAGCUGCUGCAGCUGGUGGGAUAACUACCCUGAUAGACAUGCCUUUGAAUAGUGAACCUUCAACAGUUUCUGAGGAAACUCUUAAUCUUAAGAUUAAGGCUGCAAAGAACAGAAUUUAUGUUGAUGUUGGCUUCUGGGGCGGUCUUGUGCCUGAUAAUGCCCUCAAUGCAACUGCUUUAGAACGUCUCCUUAGAGCCGGUGCUCUUGGUUUAAAGUCUUUCAUGUGUCCAUCAGGAAUUAAUGACUUCCCAAUGACAAACAUUACUCACAUUAAGGAAGGACUGUCCAUCUUAGCUAAAUUCCAAAGACCAUUGCUCGUUCAUGCAGAAGUUCAAGAAGAUGACUUAGUGAAGGACAAUAAGAAUGAUGCUCAAUUAUAUUCAACUUAUCUCGAGACUAGACCACCUUCAAUGGAGGAGGGAGCUAUAAGAAAUCUCUUGACUAUUAGUGAAAACACAAGAGUUGGUGGUCCUUCAGAAGGAGCUCAUCUUCAUAUAGUUCAUCUUUCUGAUGCUCGAUCUUCUUUAGACCUUCUUAAGAAAGCAAAGAGUAGAGGGGACAGUAUAAGCAUAGAAACAUGUCCACAUUACUUGGCAUUUUCUGCAGAUGAGAUUCCUGAUGGAGAUACACGGUUUAAGUGCGCUCCUCCUAUCCGAGAUGCUGAAAACAAAGAGAAACUAUGGGAUGCUUUGAGGAAUGGAGAUAUCGAUAUGCUGAGUUCUGAUCAUUCACCCACACUCCCUGAACUUAAACUUCUACAAGUGGGUGACUUCUUGAAGGCAUGGGGUGGCAUAUCAUCUUUGCAGUAUGUUCUUCCCGCAACAUGGACUUCAGGUCGUAGUUAUGGGGUGACUUUAGAGCAAAUCGCUUCUUGGUGGAGCGAGAAACCAGCCAAACUUGCUAGCCAACAUUUGAAGGGGUCCAUUGCAGUUGGGAAUUAUGCAGAUAUUGUGGCAUGGGAGCCUGAAUCAGAGUUCCAUCUUGACGAAAAUCAUCCUUCACACAUUAAACAUCCUAGCAUCUCGGCUUACAUGGGAAGAAAACUUUCUGGUAAAGUUUUGGCAACAUUUGUAAGGGGAAACCUUGUCUAUAAAGAAGGAAAACAUGCUCCUGGUGCCUGUGGAAACCGUCUUCUAGCAAAAUAGCCCGCGAAUGGAUUUAAGGUUGGCGCGACACAAAUUAUAUAGAUGAUUGCUAAAUGUACAGUUGGAGAUGGUUGGAAAUCAGGAUUCAGAAAGCUAAGCCAAAAUGUACAUAGUAUUUAUGUGGCUAGCAUUCAUGAAGGAACUCUAUUCUUGGAGAUUUGAUGUUGGAAUCUCAUGUAGGUACCGCGAAUUUCGUGUGUUUGAUAGUGUUCUCCAAAGGUUUGGGUUGCAAAACUGGGAUAUUGUACAAAAUUGUACUGCAAUAACCAACCUUUUUGUGUACUGAGUUUUCUUCCAUGGACAAAAUAUUGUUGGUUGAAGGAAAAAUAUGAACUGUUCUCCCUGUUA